AUGAAAUAUGCCCGGGCGAGACUUGUUAUGAGAAAAGUUCACGGGAAACCAAGCUACACAGUUCUUCUUGUAAUGUCAAUAAUAUGGUCAUUGAACGUAAAGGGAGCGGAAAUUACAUGUCCAGGCGAAUGUACUUGCCGUACAGCAUUUGACCCUGAAUUGGGGCAAAUAUUGCGUAUAGUUUGCUCAAAAGGAGGCAUGCAUAAUAUACCUGUAGAGUCUUUCGAUCGUGGUGCUGAAGUAAUUGUUAUAUCAGCCCCAAGAGAUCGUCCCAACUUUCUUACUAUUGGCCCAAUAUUUACUCAACCCACUCCGUUUGUCAAUCUUCGAGAGUUGCACAUAGUUAACUCUAACGUACCUUCUAUUGGACAGUAUUCAUUUUGGGGUCUGCAGCAUUUAAGACUGAUCAAUCUCACUUACAACAACCUAACAAGCAUCGGAGCUGAUAAUUUUAGAGGACUUAUUAAUCUUACAGAACUAAAUCUAGGCCAUAAUAAUAUAGAACAAAUGCCCAGUGAAACUUUCAGGCAUUUGACAGCACUUAAAACCUUGAUUUUAUCAAAUAACCGAAUAUCCACUUUAGUGCCAAGACUUUUUCGGAUGUUAGCAAAAUUAACAUUUUUAGAUCUCAGUGAUAAUCCCUUAGAAGAUUUGAAUCCAGAUGUAUUCAAGGAUAUACAGCACUUAAGGUUAUUUAAGUGCAGGCGAUGUCUUUUAAGGCGAAUCAAUACCCAAAUUUAUCAUCUAGUAGCUCAUUUGGAGGAAUUGGACCUGGGUGAAAACCAGUUUAAAUAUUUAACUUCUGAUGAAUUUAUAAGUUUAAAGAAACUUAAGAAAUUACGAUUAGAUGGUAACCAACUCUCGGUAGUUGUGGACAAUAUGUUUGGAAGAAAUUGUGAACUACGUCUAUUAACACUUGCACAUAACCGACUAGCAUUACUAGCACCUGCUGCUCUUACAAAUUUAACUUCACUUGUUCAUUUAGACAUAAGUCACAACAAAAUAGAUAGAUUUCAUUUGCAGACAUUUGCACCAAUUGUGGAAACAUUAAAAACUAUUAAUUUCAGUGGUAACAAUUUACCAUUGAAUGAAAUCGCUAUUGUAUUACAGAUUUUACCAGAAAUACAUAGCGUUGGCCUAGCGAAUCUAUCUUUGAAAGAACUUCCUCCAAAUUUUUUUACUUAUAAUGACCAUAUUGUUGGAUUAGAUCUAUCAUGGAAUAAGCUUACAAAGUUUCCUUACAAGCUACUUACUAAAACGAAAUUCCUUCAACGUCUAGAUCUAUCGCGUAACAAAAUUCAAGGUUUAGACGAAGAAGAUUUACAAAGACUUGAAGCAAUAGCUCAUGUGGACUUGUCCAAAAAUAGUUGGCGCUGCGAUCAAUGCUCUGUUGGACAAUGCUUGUAUUUAUGA